CUUCCUGAUCCACCUGUCCGACAGGUAUAGACGGGCACGCGCUGACGAAUGGACGGAAUUUUACCGAAGUUUUGACGCAACCGGGAGGGGAUCGUUUUUUUUUGUUUGUUUGUUUGUAGUUUUUCUAUCGUCCCAGGAGUGGACCCACCUUCGGAUCCAAUGAUGCGUCGACUGGUCGCAGGAGAAACGUCGCUGAAUGUGUUUUCGCUGCUGUAUUUGGUCGGUUUUUUCGGCCUUUCCCAAGUUUCCUCCAUCAAAGUGAGCACUCCAGCAGAGGUCCACGCAUCCAAAGGUGACACGGUCCAGUUGAAAUGCACGUUUACCUCUACAAGCCCGCCAAACAGCAAAAUGUCUGUUCACUGGUCUUACAAACCACGGACCGGAGGCUCAGCAGUGUCGUUUUUCCAGUUUUCCUCUCGAGCAAUUCUUCCAACAAGCGGUCAGUUUGGUGGUCGUAUCCGGUGGGAGGGACGGCCGGCACGUGGGGUUGCCUCCAUCACGCUGAUAAACGCCACGCUGAAUGAUAAUGGGACGUACACAUGUGACGUCUCAAACCCUCCGGAUGUCUACGGAUCCCCGAACUCUCACAUUGUACUCACAGUCACCCCAAAGGUACCCACCAUCCGCUUCUCUGAUGUUGCCAUCCUCUUCGCCUUCAUCCUCCUCCCCUCCGCCCUCAUCACCUUCUUUCUGAUUGGACGGAUGUUCUGUCCCAAGAAACAGAGCAACCAAUCGGGGGCCUACAGAUCACCCAUAGAGGUCACAGAGGGAGAGGAGUAUGGCAGCUACCCACAGCCACGAAACACGUGUUUUAAUGCGUGCUACGACCCAUAUCAAACGGAGUCUGAGGAUGAGUACGGCUAUGAAAAGAAGAGGCCUCCCAGAGAAGAGGACUAUGCUGAGUCUCAGUGCUAAAAAAAAAAAAAAAAAAAAAAUCCAAAACAACAACAACCCUGGUGCUUAGUGUUAAAUAACUGGAGCCGCCGAACAGAAAGCCAUACCAGCCUUCUUCUUCCGCAUUCAGUCACUAAGGCGAUUUAAAAUGAACUUUUUUGUUCAACUUUUCAUGAAAUAAAACUUUAUUCCUGUAUUGGUUAAGGUAUAGAUGAGAUGUUUUUUUUUUAUUUUUUAUGUUUAUGGUCUGCAGUACAGCUCCUAAAGCUGGUACCCUUAAAUCAGGUGGGACCUGACUAAGCAAGCCAACAGAGCGCUGUAAAUAUAUAUUUUUAUAUCUUUCUGAUUUGCAUACUGUAUGUCACUUUGUUGUUGUGAACGGUAGGGAUGUGUUUGUAAUUUAUUGCCUGUGCCAGAGGGGCUGUUCUCCAUUUUCUUUAAGUUGUACCGAAACAUUUCUGGCGUUUGCUUGAGAUCAAGAGAGAAUAAAUGAUCUGAUUUAGAA